CCGACUUCCUGAGGUGCCGCGGGGGGAUCGGGCCCUGCUGGAGGGACCUGAUGGCAGAGCCCAAGGCCCCUCCAGAGCUGCAGCUGGAGGAAGCUGGAGCAUCCUCAGCCCCUCAGGGAGCAGCUGCUGCUCCACACCCAGACCUUUCACUCAGCCCCUCAGACCCAGUGAAGGGUGCGGGGGUGACACCCCUGCAUGGGGACAGCCCAGACACCCACCAGGAGCUGCAGGCAGACUGUGGGGACAUUUCCUUGGAGCUAAACAUGCCAGGGACCCAGCUGGACGAGGAUGUGACCAGAGCCGAGAUCCUGCUGGACGUGGAUGAGGCAGGAAUCCCGCUGGACGUGGAUGCAGAUGGAGCAGAGAUUCUGCUGGAUGUGGAUGCAGCAGGGAUCCCACUGGAUGUGGAUGCAGGUGGGACAGGGGUCCCACUGGACGUGGGUGCAGAUGGAGUAGGGAUCCCACUGUACAUGGAGACAGACGGGGCAGGGAUCCCAGCUGAUGUGGACGCAGACGGGACAGGGAUCCCGCUGGACAUGGAUGCAGAGGGGGCAGGCAGCCCUCUGGAUGGGGGUGGUGUGGAGCAGCCCUGCCUCAGCCUCGAGGAGCUGGGUGACUAUUUCCAAGAGUGCAUCGAAGCUGUGGAGCAGCUGGAGAAAGAGAGAGACAACCUGAUCACAGAGCUCUCCCAGCUCCGGGAGCCGGCGCUGCAGGAGAUCCGCCAUGCCCACCAGGAGAUCCAGGCAGCCUGCAGGCUGCUGGCCAAGGUGGAGCUGGAGAGGGACAACCUGAAGGAUGAGAUCCGGCAGAUCAAGCAGAAGCUGUUCAAGGUGACAAAGGAGUGUGUGGCCUGCCAGUACCAGCUGGAGAGCCGGCGGCACGACCUCUCCCAGCACGCUGCUUACCGGGGAGAGCUGGAGAGCCAGGCUGGGCAGCUCUCUGGUGAGCUGUCCCGGCUGAAGGAGACCUGCGAGAAGGAGAAGGAGGUUUUGAGGCAACAGCUGGAGGCUCCACCAUGUCGGCAGGAUAACCUGUACCUGCAGGAGAGCCGCCGGCUCUCCAUGGAGUUCGAGAGCUUCGUGGCAGAGAGCAGGCGGGGGCUGGAGGAGCACUACGAGCCCCAACUGCUGCGCCUGCUGGAGAGACGUGAGGCAGGGGCCAAGGCACUGCAGGAGAUGCAGGGGGAGAUCCAGGGGAUGAAGGAAGCCCUGAGGCCCUUGCAGGGGGAGGUCAGCCGGCUGCGGCUGCAGAACCGGAGCCUGGAGGAGCAGAUUGUCCUGGUGAAGCAGAAGCGGGAUGAAGAGGUCGGGCAGUACCGGGAACAGGUGGAGGAGCUGGAAGACAGGCUGAAGGAGCUGAAGAACGGGGUCCAGCUCCAGCAGCGCAAGAAUCAGGAGCUGGAGGAGCUGAGGACCAGCCUCCACAGGGAGCUCUCCAUCUACAAGGGCUGCUUAGAAAUCUACGGCCACCUUUGCAAGUCAGAAGAAAAAGCAGAGCAGGAGUGUUAGGAACAGGAUGGACUUUUCCUCACUGUAGCAAAAAUAAAGAACAGAGGCACCUGCAGGGGACAUCUCCUCUUGCUGCUUAUCCUGCCUGAUGCCCCAGCAGCUCCUGGAGUCAGGAAUCCCAGACCAGCGUUUUCCUGUGUGUGUUUCUCCAGGUGCUGCUGGUACUUGUGUAGUAAAACUGUUUUUCCACGGGGGAGCAGAAAAAUUCUACUUGCACUGAGCAACGGCCGCGGGGUGUGACGGGUCUAUGUUCUGCUGGGUUUGGGAAAUGUACCUUGUCUUGUUCCACGGGUGGAUCUAAACCUGCACUGAAAGGAUUGUUCUGGAAGCCAGAGUCAGGAGGGAUUGACUGUUUUUUUCAAGUUUACAGGCAAGAGAAGCUUCAUCCUUUUAACAGGGUUUUCUUUUGUAUUCCAAGGGUCUCUGCUGUAUCAGGACACAUUCCCCCCCACCCCGGGCCACAGAAACUAGUUUGUGGAGGUUUCCACUUUAUUUAGUCUCACACUGAAAAUAAAAGUCAGAGUUCAAGGA